AAGCCUGGCCACCUGCCUGGGACACUUGUGGUUGGUUGUUGCCCUCGGGUCGUUUCCGGGCGGGCGGGGACAGGAAUCCGGCCAUGGGAGAUACUGUGGGGACUCGCGAGCCCCGGACCCGUCCGAGAGAGCGAGACCCAGAGCGGCGCCCGCACCCGGACCGAGACCGCCACGUCGAGCAGCCCCGGGACCGAGCCGGGGACAGGCACCGGGAGAGGAACGGUGACGUGAGAGGAAACGGGGACCGUCGGGCGGGCAGGGAACGGAGGACGGACCGAGACCCGCGCCAGGACAGACACCGGGACGCGGGCCAUCGUGCUGCUGAACAGAGAGCCUGGGAGAAGCCCCGCCAAAGCCGUGCGCGGCCCGAGCCCUGGGUACCCAGUUGGGACACAGCCCCGAUCCCCGGGCCCGCGCCCUGGGGGGGCCCGGAGCCGCCGCCGAAGCAGGGCCUCGGGCGCCGCGGGUUGGACAGUGAACUCGCUUCGGAAAGAUAUGUGUCCGUGCACUCCCAGCCUGCACAACGGGAAGAGGAAUACUACCAGUCUGAAGCUGAGGGGCUCCUGGACUGCCACAAAUGCAGAUACUUGUGCUCAGGGAGAGGUGUGGUGCAGAUAGUGGAGGUGAUUUUGAAUGGCAUGGUUCUCAUAUGCAUCGUGGCCUCCUACUUCGUCCUGGCUGGAUUCAGCGCCAGCUUUGCCAGCGGCAGCAGCUUCGGGAAUAACUACUACUCGCCUUUUGAGGGCACGGAGCUGGAGCAGGUUCGGCAGCUGGACCAGCGGUACACGAUCCUGCGGUCGCCCCUGAUCUAUGGUGGCGUGGCUGUUUCCCUAGGGAUGGGCGUCCUCACGAUGGGCGUUUUACUGCGGGGAGCCAAGAGUCUGAGGAAGCUGCCUGGGAGGUGGCUGCUGCUGGAGGCCGCCUUCAGCCUCUUGGCCGCGGUAGGCUACUGCGUUGGCAUUGGCAUUUACCUGCACACUGCAUUGCGCAUCAAUUCCACCGACACCUGCAAAACCAGAGAGAGGCUCUACGCCCGCAGGGGUCUCACCUGGAUGAACUGCCAGCUGGCGGGCACUGAUGGGGCAGCGGCCACCUUCGCUUGUCUUCUGGUGAUUAUGUACACGGCCAGCGUAGUGCUGGCCCUGCGGGCCUACCGAGAACAGAAGCGCUGCAAAGACAUCCAGGAACAGCACAGAAAUUACAGUGAUGUCCCAGAAUACGUGUGGUCUGGGACGCUCUAGGGAGAUCUGGACUCUUUGUUUCUCCCCUACAAGCACAUGGGUAGACAACCCUGAUUUCCUAAGCUUCCCCCAGGCACCGCAGCAGAGUUAAGUUGUAAAAGUCUGUUGGCGGACCCCAUGAAAGCUUGGGGGAGGGGGGAGGUCAUAUUUGCUGAAAAGAGCCAUCUGGUAAGGCUGGGUAUGCUCUCGUGGUAGGGCUCUUGCCAUGUUGUGAGGUGGAUAGUGCUAAGUAGGAGACUAGCCAAAGACAUUCUGAGAGCUGAGAACACAUCAGCGGGUAGUAUAUGCGGAGCCACCACAGAAAUCCUCCCUCGGCUGUCAACAGCUAUAGUGGAAAACAUGAAAAAAGGCAAGCUUCAAGACCGGAGAGAUGGUUCAGCUGUUAAAAGCACUGGCUGCUCUUACGGAGGAUCCAGGUUCCCUUCCCAACACCCACGUCUCACAACAGUCCAGAACUCCAGUUUGUCUUCUGGACUCCAGGGGCACUGCUUGAGCGUGGUGGUACACAUACAAGCAAGCAAACACUCAUAUGUGUAAAAUUAAAACCCUUUAAAAAAAAAGGGGGGGGGCAACAGCGUACUGUUGUACUUGGCAGUUGUGGGGUUGGGUUCCAAUGAGUAACUAUUUCUCUGUCCUUCCCAGAGGGAGCUACUCUGUUGUGAAGGGCUAACAUGGCAGUUCUCCAGAGAUGGAAGAGGGACUGGGCUUCUUACACAGGAGGGGAGAUACUUUUAGCUUGAUCUUCUUUAGGAUUCCAGUCUCACAGACCAGGGAAAAACGUUUUCCACUGGCUGUUCCAAGUAGAUGUGUGUGUGGUGGUGGUGGCGGGGGAGUUCCAUUGGAAUUAACUUUUUAUUUUUAUUUUUCUUUUUAAACACGUCUUCAAUGGCUGGAGAGGUGGCUCCGUGGGUGAAGGCAUCUACUGCCAAGCCUGAUGACCGGAGUUUGACCCCUGGGACCCACAUGGUGGAAAUAGAGAAUGGACUCCCUCAGGUUGUCCUAUGCGCUCCUGGGCACACCAUGCAUGUGCACACUCACACACGUACAUAGGUAAUUCCUGUAGGGCCUGUCCAAAAUAAAGGUUCAAAAGUAAACCUCAUGCAGAAAUGGGAAGACAGGGGCUGGAGAGAUGGCUAGGCAGUUAAGAGCGCUUUACUGCUCUUACAGAAGACCCAGGUUCAGUUCCCAGCACCCACAUGGCAGCUCACAACCAUCUGUAACUCCAGUUGCAGGGACCCAACACCCCAUUCUGCUGUCUGGAGGUACCAGGCACACAGAUCACGCACAUACACACAGGCAGGCAAACAUUCAAAUGUAAAAUAAAAAUGAAGGAAUCUUUUAAGAAAUGAAGCAAAGCUCUGGGGAAAACAACCACCAGGAAAUCCCUACUGUUUGGCUGGUAUGUCUACUUUACCAUGUCACCCUUGGCCUGAGUAUUAACUAGUGUCCCACACUAAGACUUGAUGAGUGGCAAAGAAACUUGAACAAUAGCCAAAUUCAAAUAUGUACCCCUCAACAAGAGACUAGCACCCCAACACACUAUUCUCACUGUUUCCCGGGUGUUCUGCCCACCUUGGGUCUUUCACUGGAUAAAGGAGACUUGGACCUAUGACCCCAGCCCUGUGCCCGCUGGCUCCUGAGCAACAGCUCCUCUUCUGAUUGGAGCUCAUCAGUGAUUAAUUACACUGCCGUAAGUCCGGAGUUCAGGGCUGAAAACUCUCUAGCAAACUUGAUGGGAUUCGUCAUUUGUCAGGCAUGCUAAGACUGGUUAUUCGAGUGCUACAGAUGAGGGGACAAAGUCCAAGAAGGGCAAGGGCUGAUGUUCCUUACAGUGACUCACUGUGACAUUGUUGUACAGUGAGUGGUAAAAGCCCUACCUAUCAUUCUGGUUACAUUCAGCACUGAUGACAGAUGCUGUUAUUUCUGUUCAGUGACAAAAACUGCCUGACACAGGUUAACUUUCCUAGUCACAAAACCUUUAAGCAGUAGAGGUAAGACUUGGGCACAGGCUAGAGAGACGGCUUAGCAGUUAAGAGCAUCUGCUGCUUUUCCCAGCACUCAAUCACAUUUCACAACCUCCUACAAUUUAAGCUCCAGGGACCUGAUACCCUCUUCUGGACCCAACAGGCACCUGCACUCACACGUGCACAUACCCACACAUACAUACACAUAGAUCAUAAUAUAUAUAUAUAUAUAUAUAUAUAU